GCCGCACAUAAACACUGAGCAAACUUUCAUUUCAGUUUAGAAAGUGCGCAGGAGCCCACGACGUCUUCUCAGAUACUUGUGCUCACACACUGUUUUCCCACAGCCAUGAAAACACUUCUACUUGCUGCACUGGUCGCCCUGAUUCAUGGCAGUUAUGCAACUUUGGUCAUUAAAGGGCCACCUGAGCCAGUUGUGGAGGGACAGAUGAUCACACUUGAGUGUCGAUACACAGACGCCGACCACAACAUCAGCCAGGUCCACUUCGAGGUCUUCUCCAAGUACAUGCAGAGCUGGCAUUCAGUUACGGAGAGAUUUUAUUGCUACAAUUCAAUGAGGACCUACCAGACUGCAGACAGUCUAGUCCUGUCUAUUCCCCGUACAGGACGGUACUAUGAGGGGCCCUUCCGCUGCGUGUCCGAUUCCGAAAAUGUGACAGAGCCGAACAACUCCUCGGAGCCCCUGUACUUCAAAGUGCAUUAUAUGGGAGAGCUGUCACUGUCCAGGGAAGGCUACACCGGCUACCUGGGUGUCCCGCAUGAGCUGAAGGUGCGACUCGGAGACGACGUGUUGGUGAAAUGCUCUGCCAGUUCAUCUGAAGAGCCGAACUACUACUGGUACAAAGAGGGAAGCGACUGGAUUCUGCCCUCCUCUUCACUGAAACUGUCAAAAGUGAAUGCGAUGGAUGAAGGACAGUAUACUUGCUCAGCUGAGCAUCCAUCUGUGGAGUUCCUCAGCAAGAAACGCACUAUCAGCAUUACUGUAUUGCCUGAGGAUGCCCACUGGUAUGAGACAAGUGAUGGCCGUCUCAUGUUGAUGACCUCUGCAGCAGCUGUGGCUCUCAUCGUGUUCAUCCUCUCCAUGAUCGUGUUCCUGUGCCGCAGAGCCAAACAGACCAAGACCAGCAAGGGACCUAUUGAUGACCGGUCUCAGAAAAAGCCCAUCUACAGAGCAAGUGUGGAGUCCUUACCCUCCACCAGCGGAGACAAACAGCCUCUGGUGUGACUGCAUAGGCAGGUGGAAGGAGAAUGGAUGGAAGGGCGGCCAGAAAAAUAAAGAAUGUCAUAAAGCAGUAAAUAGGAAAAUUGGGAGACAUUAUAUGGGGGAAGUACAAUCAAAAUCAGCAGCAAGCUGGGUAUUUAAAAAAAAAAAACAACUGAAGGGCAAAUGAUUGCUUUAGAGAUGCCUAAGCUGCUUAGCUUGUGGAUGCAUGCUGCAGUUAUGCAUCUUGGACAAAAAGGUGGGCAAUUUUCUUUUCAUGUAUGCUGUAGCUUGAAAAAUGGGGAGCUACAUUCUUAGAAAAUGAUGAUGAGGAUUCUACUCGCAGCGCUGUAAAGAUGCCGCAUUCAGUUCUCUUCUUUCGGCUGUGCACAUAAUUGCUCAGCUGUGUAUUGUGAAUGAAUCAUUUGGGUGAUAGGACAAGG